CGGGAAGCCGCCGCGCCGCGGCGGGGCCGCCCCCGCGGCGCCCUCGGCACGCCUGCCGUCGCUGUCACGGCGGCGAUGCCCAGCGGCCCAGCCAGAGGCGGCAUCGAGCGGAGCCGAGAACUCCUGGAGCGGGCCGUGGGGCAGGAACUGCCGUUCGACGACAACGUGCUGGGGUACCUGGUCAAGGCGGCCUCGGCGUCCGACUACCAGGAGGUGCUCGACCUUGUCUGCGACUUCUGCCCCCGUUGGCACGAGCAGAACCAGGCGAGCCUGGCCAGGCACCUCAUCGAGGUUGAGGAUCCCCGCGA